GCGAAAAUGAGGAUACAUAAACGCGUAGACAUCGUCCUCGUCCCCUUAGCUCUUUUACGACCCACACCUCCUUCUUUCACGACCCAUCAUCACAUCCUCCUCUCCUCUUACAUUGACCAAAAUGGCUACUGAGAGCUUUGGCUUCCAAGCUGAGAUCUCCCAGCUCCUCGAUCUCAUUAUCAACACCUUUUACUCUAACAAGGAGAUCUUCCUGCGAGAGCUCAUCUCGAACGCUUCCGAUGCCCUCGACAAAAUCCGCUACCAGUCGUUGACCGACCCCUCUGUCCUUGACUCGGGCAAGGACCUCUUCAUCCGCAUCAUCCCCGACAAAGAGAACAAGAUCUUCUCCCUCCGCGACACUGGCAUUGGCAUGACCAAGGCCGACAUGGUCAACAACCUUGGUACGAUCGCCAAGUCUGGCACUAAGGGCUUCAUGGAGGCUCUCAGCUCCGGCGCCGACAUCUCUAUGAUCGGUCAGUUCGGUGUCGGUUUCUACUCCGCCUACCUCGUCGCCGAGCGCGUCCAGGUCAUCUCAAAGCACAACGAUGACGAGCAGUACAUUUGGGAGUCCGCUGCCGGUGGUACCUUCACCAUCACUCCCGACACCAUCAACCCGCCUCUUGGCCGUGGUACCGAGAUUCGCCUCUACCUAAAGGAGGAUCAGCUCGAGUACCUCGAGGAGAAGCGCAUCAAGGACAUCGUCAAGAAGCACUCCGAAUUCAUCUCCUACCCCAUUCAAUUGGCGGUGACCAAGGAGGUUGAGAAGGAGGUUGAGGAUGAAGAGGAGGCUGUCGAGGAGGAGGAGGAGGAGGACAAGGAAAAGCCCAAGGUCGAGGAGGUCGACGAUGAAGAGGACAAGAAGAAGAAGACCAAGAAAAUUAAGGAGAAGACCGUGGAGAACGAGGAGCUCAACAAGACCAAGCCAAUCUGGACGCGUAACCCCUCAGAGAUUACACCCGAGGAGUACGGCGCGUUCUAUAAGAGCCUGACCAACGACUGGGAGGAGCACCUCGCCGUGAAGCACUUCUCUGUCGAGGGUCAGCUCGAGUUCAAGGCUAUCCUCUACAUUCCCAAGCGUGCUCCCUUCGACCUUUUUGAGUCCAAGAAGAAGCGUAACAACAUCAAGCUCUACGUUCGUCGGGUCUUCAUCAUGGAUGACUGCGAGGACAUCAUCCCCGAGUACCUUAACUUCGUCAAGGGUAUUGUCGACUCCGAAGAUCUGCCGCUCAACAUCUCGCGCGAGACCCUCCAGCAGAACAAGAUCCUCAAGGUCAUUCGCAAGAACAUCGUCAAGAAGUGCAUGGACCUCUUCUCCGAGAUUGCUGAGGACCAGGACAACUUCAGCAAGUUCUAUGAGGCGUUCGGCAAGAACAUGAAGCUCGGUAUCCACGAGGAUGCCCAGAACCGUAGCAAGCUUGCCGAGUUCCUGCGCUUCUACUCCACCAAGUCCUCCGAUGAGAUGACCUCUCUCAAGGACUACAUUACUCGCAUGCCUGAGGUUCAGAAGAACGUUUACUACCUCACCGGCGAGUCGCUCUCUGCCGUCAAAGACUCGCCCUUCCUUGAAGUCCUCAAGAAGAAGGGCUUUGAGGUUCUCCUGCUCGUCGACCCCAUCGACGAGUACGCUAUCACGCAGCUCAAAGAGUUUGAUGGCCACAAGCUCAUAUGCGUUUCCAAGGAGGGUCUCGAGCUCGAGGAGACUGAGGAGGAGAAAAAGGCUCGUGAGGAGGAGGCUACGCAGUUCGAGGACCUCUGCAAGGCCGUGAAGGAGGCGCUUGGCGACAAGGUCGAGAAGGUCGUCGUCUCCAACCGUAUCUCUGACUCUCCUUGCGUUCUCGUCACCGGCCAGUUCGGUUGGUCGUCGAACAUGGAGCGCAUCAUGAAGGCGCAGGCGCUCCGCGACUCAUCGAUGUCGUCUUACAUGGCCUCGAAGAAGACCCUCGAGCUCAACCCCCAUAACCCGAUCGUCAAGGAGCUCAAGAACAAAGUCUCCGAGGACAAGGCCGACAAAGGUAUCCGGGACCUCACCUACCUUCUCUUCGAAACUGCGCUCCUCACUUCUGGCUUCUCGCUCGACGACCCGACGUCGUUCGCGAAGCGCAUUCACCGUAUGAUCGCUCUUGGCCUCGACGUCGAUGAGGACGAGUCUGUACCCGCCGCAAGCUCGUCGGUGGACGUCCCUCCGCCAGCAGAGGCCGCGUCUGCGUCCGCGAUGGAGGAGAUUGAUUAGAGAGUUUAGACGCGCCGUCUCUCUCGUUCUCCCUCUUGCUCUCUGUUUCCUUGCUUUCAUUUGUACUUGUGUUCAUGCUCUGGGCAUCUCGCAUCUAAUGUUAUUGUACGUUCGGGCAAGCAAUCAAAAGUUUAUGCAUCUCG